AUGUCACAAACCGUUGCUGCUCCAGGAUUUCAAGCCUCAGCAUAUUUUGAGUACUUGCAAGAAUGUUUGAAAGAACAGAUGAUUCGAGAAAUUGCAGUCGGUACUGUUAAAGCUAUUCUUGUUGUAACCAUCAAAAACAAAGACAACAAACAACAGACAUGGGUAUUGGACUUUAAAAACAAAGGUAGUGUUGUUAAAGCAGAGUCCGAAACAACACCACCAAAGGGUGAUGUUCAACUUAUUUUAAAAGAUGCCGAUUUCAUGAAAUUGGCAGAUGGUAAAGCCAAUGGUCAGAAAUUGUUUAUGUCUGGAAGGUUGAAAGUUAAAGGUAAUUUGUUGAAGGCAGUGUCUAUUGAAUCUCUUUUCAAAGACUUUGGACCUGUUCCAGCUAAGCUAUAA